AUGCCCGUCGCCAACCCACCGCGCCGCCGCAAGGCCCUUCUUAUCGGAAUCCGAGAGGUCAAGAAUGUCUUCGCUUCUAUGGAGGUCCCGGGCGCACACCGCGACACGAAGCGCUUUUGUGAUCUUCUUCUUAAGACAUACAAAUACCAGUCAGAAGACAUAGUCACUCUCACGGACAAUCCCGAGGUGCCGGACGAAGAUCGCGAACGCCUAUGGCCGACAAGAGAUAACAUUAUCAGGGGGAUGAAGAAUCUGGUUCGUGACGCUCGCCCCGGGGAUAUUCUGGUCCUUCUCUUCUCCGGUCACGGCGGUCAAGUCAAGGCCCUCAAUGACCCAAACGAGAAGGAUGGUCUCGACGAAAUCCUUUUCGCCGCAGACUCCUAUCGUCAGCCAUCCAACGUAGACAUCCCGUUUGCGAACUACGUCAAAGACGACGAAAUAAAGGAGAUUUUCACGACGCUCUGCGCCGGGUGCCGCUGUGUCAUGAUAUUUGACUGUUGUCACUCUGGGACGGCUGCAGAUCUUCCCGAAGUGACAGAAGGCGACCUAACCCAUGUACUGCAAGCUCCGGCUCCUUCGAAAUCGUCGGGCUUCGCCAAGAUGCAGACGAUACAUCCCACGAGCGCAGCCGCCUCAACGGGUUUAUCGGAAAAUAGUUUUGAACUAGACGGGUCCGACAAGCUCGCGCUCCCUUCUCCCGUUCCCGAACUUUCCUCGUGGUCGGCCUGUAAGGACGCCCACAACACCACUGGCAACAGUAAAGGCGGCGUCUUUCUCAGGGCCUUCUGCCAGGCACUCCAGAAGAACCCGACGCCGACGCAUGCGACGCUGUUACAGAAUUUGCAGAAAGAGAUUGAGGUAAUUAUGGAUAGAGUGCCGCCGGAGCGCAAGGAAAGGUUGAGCGACUGGCCUAUUCCUCAGCUGGGUAGUCUCCGGCCGCAUGCCGUUCUGGAGACACCAUUCGUCUUGUGAGAGGUCCGUCGUUGUAACCCACCGCAUUCCCAUUGGCUCUCCGGAUGUAUCUCCAUAAUGUCUUCUCUCCUUCUAUAGGCUGUAUGUUAUAGGCCCGAGG